AUGAAGUCCACAUCUACGCCCGUCAUCUUCUGCUCGCAUGGAUCGACGAUGAUGCUCGGCGAGGACUCCUCCGCGGGUCGGUACUGGCAAAAGGUCGGCGAGGAGGCGAUGGCGCGCAAGAUCGAGGGUGUCGUGUUCAUGGGAGCGCAUUGGGAAGUCAAUGGAAAUGGAUUCGAGAUCGCGAGCAAUGCAUCGGAGCCCGUCAAGCAGCCGGUCGCAUGGGUAUCGCCCGACAAAUACAUCGAUUACAACGUGAGCUGCGACGAUCGUUCUCGGCCAUCUUGAGCCGACGAUGACCCCGAGAGGCUGACGAGUUCUCUUCCGAAACUUGGCAAUAGAUCAACGUCUCGCCCAAGCUGGCAGAACGGGUACAUGAAUCCUUGACCGCGGCUGGCAUCGAGUCCAAGCUCAACCCUAAUGUCGAAUGGAGUGAGUCUGUGAAAUCGCCCCGAGGACCAUACUCUUCUCGGAAUUGCCAGCUGACUCUGUGGCUUGGGCUCGCAUCACUAGUUCACGACGUGUUCCUUGUCCUGACCUGGAUGUUCCCGAAGAAGUCGCCCCCCGUCACCCUCAUCUCAACCAACGCUUACUAGUGAGUACUCACGCUCAUUUCAGCUCAAACAACGAGUGACUGACUAUGAGACCUGCGCACAGUGACCCCUAUUCGCACGUUGCUGUCGGUGCGGCCCUCCGCCACCUUCGACACGAGAACAUCCUCUUGAUAGGAACCGGGGUAGGUCAUGCUUCCAGCACCAGCUUCCAGCACAUCGCUGACACCGCAGCGUCUCUGAAAUAAUAGGGUACCGUGCACAACCUCUACCGCAACGCAUGGGGCAACAUCAUCCUGCACCAGGAUAACUUUGCCCAGACCAAGCCCCCAGAGCCCUGGGCUAUCGCCUUCCGCAACGAGGCUUGUGACGCUCUGACCCUUAACUCUGGCCCGGCAUUGCGCAAGGCGGCCAUGCGGCUCAUGCGCAACCCAUUGUACCGCGAUGCCCACGGAACCGAUGAUCACUUUGCGCCCGUGCUCUUCUGCGCGGGCGCGGCGGGCGAUGCCGAGGAUGAAGGGACAAAGAACUCUGCCACGGCCGAAGUCUGGGAGCUUGAGCAGAUGUGCAACGUAAGCCUCUAUCUCGCCACUGCUUUCUUCGACCCUUCAUCUGACACCCCUAUCCUUUCUCCCCAACCAGACCCAAUUCCAGUUCGGCGAGUGGUAG